AUGCCCCCUAUUCAGGGUGGCCAAGGACUGACGUUCACCACCGCAGACCGCACUCGGGCCUUUGUCAAGAAGUUCUUCCCACCACCACCUCCUCCUCUACCAGUGGCACUCUUCUCCGACCCUCCAAUGCGCUUGGCUCGCCCUUUCAAACUGGUGACCCACUAUGAAAUUGCUGCCUGCCUGGCCGAGACAUCCAACACGUCUGCCCCCAGAUUUUCUGCGACCACCUGGCGUUUACUGAAGUGGGCUCUGCAGUCCCCGGUCGGCAAGCACUUCAUAUCGUUCGUGUCUUCAUCCGUCACGCUGGGAUACCUCCCUCCCAUCCUGAAAAAGGCAGUGGUAGUGCUCAUCCCCAAACCUUGCAAGCCUGACUAUGCUCUUCCCAAGGCCUAUUGCCCAAUAGCACUAAUGGAAACGCUGAGCAAGCUCAUCGAGAAAGUCGUCGUGAAGUGA